CAACCAACCAACAUAUCGAUUGGGCUGUUUUGAGUUCAUGUUUUUCCAACAAAGGACUUUUAUCAACAGACGGUUCCUCAAUAAGCUUUGCAACACGAUCCGCCAGCUGAAAACAGUAUUUACUACCUCGAUCGAUGGUAGACAGGAAAUAUAAUACAGCUUUCCAUUCACUGCCAUUGUCCAACUCCGCUGUACACACAAAGCAUGACCAACAGUUCAAAGUGUACUUCAGCAUCUGUAGUGCUUGUUUUCCGGGCAUACGGUGGGUUUUAAUGAGGGAAAACACAAGAUCCGUGCAAGUUGUAAGUUACUACGUGCGUCAGUAGGAACCACAACACGGUAUAAUGACGCAAGGACAUGUCAUGUUAAAAGAUAUAUAUGUUUUUCUGAUUUCCGUUUUCAAGGGCUUGUGAGCGAUAAAAGUCGAUGUGAACUGCAGAUGUGACCAAAAAAGGUGACCCGACAACGCAGCGUUGGCAAGUGAACGUCCAUUAUUGUCACAGCUGUCGGUCGUGAGUCGUGAUCGACCGGUCAAAAGCGACACCUAGCGGAAUGGGUAUGGUGAGCAGCAAGCGGCUGCCCGAUGCGGAGGGCUGGUACCAGGUCGGAGUUGUGGGGACGGGGAAUAAAGUCUUGGGUGGAGGAAGACUGCGAAUCACAGACACAGAUCUAGAAUUCAUCGGACAAGAUGGCGACAUCGGACAGUGGUCUCUCACCAGAGUUUUGAGUUACGGUGUGGAGCCGAACAUCUUCUAUGUCCAGAUCGAGGAGGACAUCGUCACCAGAGCCGGGCGGUACCUGGUCUUCAAAACUCCCGCCGCGGGAAAAAUCUGCAGAACGGUAGAGAAAAUGGCGGAGAAUAUUCGGAAGGAAAAACUGAGACAAGAAGCAGAGGGCACCUUUGGUCAGGAGGUAACGCCCUGUUGACCUAGAACUUUGGAGGGCAUUUGUUGACCUUGAAAAUCUGAAGAACAGCAGAGAAGAUGGCCUAGAAAUUUUGUGAGGAGAAAUUGAGACGAGAAUCACAGGGUGACAUUGGACAGGAGGCCACGGCCUGUUGACCUUGAACUUUUGAGAGCAUUUUCUGACCUUUACUUGAACUUGAAAAUUUGAGUGAAGUAAGGAAAAUCGUGUUAAGUGCCUUUCCCAAUGGUGUGUCAUCAGUGCAUGUCAGGGGAUUGAACCCGGGACCUCUUGGUCUACGUCCAUGUAAAUACGUCCCUUUCAAAUCAUGCACACUCAACGACAAUGAUACCAUAUUCAUCACAAAAGACACUCUCCACAAAAGAGUACUAUUUUUGCUGUGAAGACAGAAACAAUUGUGAUCGCUGCACUGAAAUUUGUUGCAAUGCAAUUACACAUAUAACGCUCUAUGUACAUAAUGGCGAUAUCAAUUAUUAA